UGUGAUCGCAAGUCCCCGUGUAACAAUUGCUUAGCGCGCAAUGUCGCAAGGAAAUGUUUCUACAACGCGCUUCAAAGUUCUGGCCAGAUAGCCGAACCACCAGAAGUCUUGGGGCCAGAGCACGGCCAGAAUCAUGCGCCGGUGGUUCCAGCUGGUAAUGUUCAAAGCUCGGGAGAUCUCGGCUACUCCUUGAUUACUGGGAGCAACGCUUUUGUGGGAUUGAAAGACGUGCUCCAAGACGAAGACGAGUUUCGGCAAAUUACAUCCGCUCAUAACCGUCCGUUUCGUUCAAGUGUUUUGAAAACACAUGCCCACACACUGAUAUCACACCUACCUCCAAAACCAGUACUGCAACGGCUCGUUAAAGUAUUCUUCGAUGAGGUCAACUGGCAUUACUUUAUACUCGAAAGGUUCUAUUUUGAUGACCUCUUCUCACGCUGGCAAACCACCGAAAUGCGCCCCGUUGAUUAUCUGAAUAACCAAGAGCUAUCUAUUGAGCUACAGUACUUCCCAGCUCUUCUAUUCCAGGUGGUUGCCCUCUCCCUUCAAUUUCUACCACCUGAAGCGCUCGCUCUGACCCAGAUCUCAUCGAAUGAGCUUUCCUCAUCAUACAGGUACAGCGAAUUGGGCGAUGAACUUAUAACAAUAUUAGGUAGACAUGGUGUAACACUCACUGCUGUCUUAGCAGACUUCCUGCGGGCAUCCUGGCUCAAGAAUUUUGGAAGGGGUAUUGAGGCAUGGCAUAGUGCAGCGAAUGCCAUCAGGCAAGCGCAGGAGCUCGGUUUGCACCGGCAACGCGACAUUCACCAAUCAAGCCUGAAUAGUAUCGAACAAACAUUAAGCAUGAUAUGGUAUGAUGAUUUCAAAAAGCGUGUUUGGAUUAACUUGUUUGUAUGGGAUAGUCUAAUGGCUAUGAUACUUGGCCGCCCACGAAUCAUCCACCCGGACGACUGCAAUGUGAAACCGCCAAUCGACUGUAACAUCCCCAAGGAUCCAUCGAAGACAGUUCCAAUGACAGUACAGCCCGGUGAACCUCCAAAUGGGCCUACCACAGUAUCGGCAGGCCUAUUUCGGUACGGCUUGGCGUGCAAGUUUCAUGAGUUGAGGGCUGUUAAAGCAGAUAGGCCCCAUUUAAAGGACCAUACUAUCAUCAAAGGUCUACACGAACAGGUGAUAUCGUUGUUAGAAAAUGUGCCGCCAUAUCUUAGAUUUAAAAAUCCCGAUCCUUCCUGGGACGGAGAGUACCCUUUCCUGCCCCAGCUUCGUGAGGAGGUUUUCAUGACGGCGAACCUGUUUUUGAUGACGUUGCACCGACCGCACAUCCUUGCUAGUGCAGAAAGCCGAAAAGCUGCAUUGGAAGCGGCACUGGCCACGUUAGAAUCACAACAGCGAUUCUUCGGGCAAACCAGUGAACAUCACUACCCCUUGUUUGGGCUCGCAUUCUACACUAUCGACGCGUCUAUUUUACUAUCCAUCAUCGUAGCAUCGUACCCGCCGCAUAGUCACGAACCGAGACAGUACGUCUACCAUGUUCUCCAGCAAGCAAUCGAGCGACUAUCCCAUAUACAACCUUACAAUCCAAUAGCCAGGGCAGGACUCGGUAUUGUGCAGCGAUGUUAUGAAAAGUUGAAGGAAGCCUGUCACUCCCCUGCCAUGACCUCCGGAACGUCAUCAUCAUCGGCUGUGUCUCCUGGGUUUGAGCUACGGGAUCUCCGCCAAGAAUUGAGUCAUCAGAAUAGGGUGCCAGCAGAACUGGAUCAAUUAGCACCUGAGCUUUCUAUAAUACCCGAUAGCUUCAGCGAAGCAUACUGGCUUGACCAGCUGAGCCUCAUCCAACCGCCGCCCACCGUUGGGCAGGAGCCCGACUUGUUUUGGGAUUCCUUAUUAUUCGAACGUGAUGUGGUUUAG